AUGCUCGGCUCCAUCGGCGGCGGCGAGCCGCUGCCCGUGUACGACUGCCGCAACGGCCGCGUCCUGAUGGACCUCUCCGACCCGUUCGACCGCGGCGACGGCACGCUCGCGGUGGUCAGCCCGCUGCUGCACGCGUCGCGGUCGCUCGCCGUCCUCCCGCCGGUCCCGCUCGCCGCGCGCCCGCCGCCCGUAUCCGCCAUGGGCGACGACGACACGCUGCUCGGCCGGGCCACCGACGUCUGCAUCCUCCUCCCCGAGGACGGCUGCGACGGCCAGUCCUACACCGUGGUGACGCUGGUGCGCAGCAAGCGCGUGGACUGGCGCGUGUGGUGGGAGUUCUUCGCCAAGGUGUCCGUCCUGCGCGCGGGCGCCUGGGACGACGACGUCCGCGCCACGGCGCCGGUCGAGCUCCCGGCGCGGUGCCGCGGCGACACGACCUGGAACCGUGCCCUGCUUGUCCAAGGCAAGCUAUACGUCCUGGGCAUGCAGUCCCACGCCAUUCUUGUGCUCGACCUGGCAUCCAUGGCCACCUCCUUCAUCAACCUCCCCGACGGAGUGCGCCACGAGGAGGACGGAGACCUCGACCUGUUCCGGUCAAACGACGCCGGCGUCAACCUCAUCCAUGUCAAUGGGUUUCAAGCUCGUCUCUGGCGUCGCGGUGGCGACGACGAUGACGGCGACGGCAUGACAGCGGGCAAUUGGGUGUUGGUGGACGACAUUGGUGUUCGUCGAGGGUUCGAUCACCUCGCGAAGGUUGGCGGGGAGAUGGACAUUGGUGGUCCGGUUGGGGUUAUCAAGGUCGGCGACGACUGCGAGUUCAUGUUCUUGUGCGUUGAUGGCGAUGUGCUGUACAUGGAUAUCAGGACGAGGAUGGUGAAGAAGAUUUUCAAGGCGUCACCGAAGAGAGGAGGUGUUCUGCCAGUGAUCCAUCCACUGACCAUGGUUUGGCCUCCAAUCUUCCCAGUGCUGGAGUAG